AUGCUUAGCGUGAAGAACAACUUUGUGGUGGAGAGGAACGUGAUGCUCAUGCACCGCGGGCCGACGUACGCGCCGUCGUAUCCGCUGCUGAAGGAGGACAAGGACGAGAUGCGACGUCUCAAGGCGGCGGUAGCGCAGGAGCAGAAGCGGGGAGAGAUCCAGAAGAGGAUGGAGCCGAAGAAGUUGGAGAAGGAGAAGUUCGACGCCGAGGAAGAAGAGGAAAAGGAGGUGCGACCAUUGCUCGUCGACGAGAUCUGCCAUGUGUGCGCGACGUGCGCCAAGGUGACCGAGCGCGACUUCAAGUCGAAGGACGGCGCCAAGUGCUUCUGCUCCUACACGUGCAAGCUCAAGGGCGAGCGGCCGCAGAUGUCCCUCGGCAUGCGAAGUCAGGAGGACAUGCUGCAGGCCACCCAGAUGAAGAAGUGA